AUGAGCUCAUCCAGCUCCCCCCAGGUGGAACCCCACUACGCAAGGCUCUUCGCCGAGCUUGAGCAGCGCUUUCAAUCAACCAAGCUGGGCAACGACAAAUGGUUCAUCCUGGCCAUGUCAACGCUCGUCGCGGGGCCCGACCCCCAACGCGCCGACCAGCUCUAUCUACACCUAAUCAACCAACCCUCCUAUACAACCUCUAGCGCACGACAAGCCCUCGUCCGGCGGCUGCGCGAGGCUCUUGUCAAGGCCGUCCCCAUCGUCGGGGUGUGCAAGCCCAUCGAGUCCAUCCUGGCCAUUAGCAAAGUCGAGCGCGACGAAGAUAAGGACUACACCUCUACGCGUGAGGGCUGGCAAUGCGAUCAGGCUAACCAUGACCGCGGCACAAAUUGGUUCCAGAAGCUGUAUGCCCGCGACUCCAACAAUACAUUGGAUAUGUUCGCCUCGCACCGCGAUUUCUCUUGGAUAUCCACCGAGAUCACUUAUGGCUUGUUUCUGUCGGAUCGCCAGGUGCUCGAUGAUGUGGAUACCGAGCUAGUGGUUACAGCUGGGAUCAUGAGCCAGAAUUUGCCAGUGGAGAGCCAUUGGCAUAUUCGCGGGAUGAGGCGGUUGGGGAUCCCUAAGGAGGAUGUCGAGGUAGUUUGGGACUGUGUACAGCUUGCGGUCAGUUUCUUUGGUACCAGGAUGGAUAAGGUGCCGACGGUCGAAACGGUUGAGCCAGAUGUUUGA